GAUGACAUGACAGACUCCCUGCGAGACUACACCAACCUGCCCGAGGCUGCCCCUUUGCUUACCAUUCUGGACAUGUCAGCUCGCGCCAAGUACGUGAUGGAUGUGGAAGAGAUCACCCCGGCCAUUGUGGAGGCUUUUGUGAAUGACUUCCUAGCAGAAAAGCUCAAACCAGAGCCCAUCUAGUGGGCUCUGGCCUCCUGGGACAGUAUUUAAGACUCAGUCUUCUCUCCUCCCCUUCCUUCCCUCCACCCUUGGACUUUUCAAGCGUGUCCUGAAUCACAUAACCCAAGUGUCCAACCUCUGUGGUGCCUUGUUUCUGCAUUAACUCCUCAGCUAGCACCCAAGGGUGCCCAUCCUCACAGCGGCAACAGAACCCACCGUGUCUGGAGACUGCUUGGGAUUUGUGGGGAUGGCAUGACCAGCCAGAACUGGGACUGCCACACUCUACUGGUCACUAGCUUCUGGUGAAGGACUUGCCAGGGUGUUCUGCUUAGUGAGCAGGUGGGGACAGUGGACCUGGGCUCUGGCUUGAUUCUUGGGUCAGCAUAUACACACCAAGCCAAGCAGUUGCUUGGUGACACUUGUACCUACAGACGUCACAGAGAAAGGGCCAUGGCCUCAGUGGACAUCAGCUGAGAGGUCUUGGUGAGAACAUGCUUUUUAGGGACAUACUCUUUCUUGGUCUGAGGGAAACACAGCAGUGUGUCAGUGGGUUCUUGGGCAGGGGACCUCCAAAUCUACAAGGAAGCUUGUGGGGCAUUUGUUUUGGUGAGAAAAAUGAGUAGCUGAGCUAAUGAUUUAUAUAGUACUUAACUGUGUGAUUAGUUUCUCAAUCUUUUUAUCUUUCUUCCUUGCUCUUGACCUGUCCCAAGUUUCUGCCUAUCUGUAAGAACAGCUCCUACUAUCUAGGAAUUUUGGUAAUGAAUUCUUCCUUGGACAUCGUCCCAAGAACUCAACCCUGAUUUCUAAAGGAGCACAGCCCAGCCAGCACAGACCUCUGUGUGGCCAGUCCUGUGCCAAGCACCUGCAGCCCUUCACUGUUCCCCAUUCUUUUCAUAGUGGAUCUGAAAAUUUAUUAGAGGUCUAGCUUUUCACUGAGGACCUGCAGAAGGAGCUGUGUCCUAGAGUGGAAGUGAGGGCGGAGGACAUGUCACCUACAGUAGGACUUGGACCUCCUUUGCACGGCCCAGGUAGCUGAGCUGACCACAAAGAGGGAAACACCAGCUGUGUUCUUAGAAUCGGGUAGAGGGCUUUUAGGAAUUCCCAGGAGUUCAACCUGUCUCAGUCUGGGACUUAAACCAUCCAGGCCAUAUUACCCUUAGUUCCACUCAACACUCUACCAGCCAAAACCAUCGAUUUUGGAAAACCCAGUCCCCCUCCCCCCACAAGCUGUUGACACUUUUUCCUUGCUGAAUUGGAUUGUUGAUUUGUAGUUCAGAGGUACAAAAUUAGUUGGUAAUUAGACUAUUGGAUGUUGCCAGCCUGAAAUGCAGUCACCUAGAAAGAAUAAAGCAGGCAUCUCUGGACCUUAUCCUUCACUUGGCCUUUCCUGUUCUCAAGUAUAACAGUCAUUUUCA